UCUCACUUCUCACCUACACAAUUGAGAAAUGCUGUGUGCGAGCGUCAAACCAAAACCAGCGAUCUUAAACUCAUAACCACCAAGUCUCUGACAAUGUUGAACGCUAUCGGAUUCUUCGAGCUCAACACCGGUGCUAAGAUCCCGUCUGUGGGUCUUGGAACAUGGCAGGCCUCUCCUGGCGUCGUUGGUGAUGCCGUCGCUGCCGCUGUUAAGAUCGGCUAUCGUCAUAUUGAUUGUGCUCAGUUGUAUGGCAACGAAAAAGAGAUUGGGACAGCUUUGAAAAAAUUGUGUGAAAAAGGUAUAGUGAAACGCGAGGAGUUGUUCAUCACCUCCAAACUCUGGUGUACUGAUCAUGACCCUCAAGAUGUGCCAGAGGCACUGAACAGAACUAUACAGGAUCUGCAGCUUGACUACGUUGAUCUGUAUUUGAUUCACUGGCCUGUACGGAUGAAGAAAGGUUCUGUUGGAGUAAGUCCAGAGAACUUUUUACCUGUAGAUAUUCCUAGCACAUGGAAAUCGAUGGAAGCACUCUAUGAUUCGGGUAAGGCUCGAGCCAUAGGAGUAAGCAACUUCUCCACCAAGAAACUAGGUAAUCUCUUGGAUCUAGCUCGUGUUCCUCCUUCUGUUAAUCAGGUCGAAUGUCAUCCUUCUUGGCGACAAGCUAAGCUACGAGAGUUUUGCAAAUCCAAAGGAGUUCACCUCAGUGCAUACUUCCCAUUGGGUUCUCCAGGAUGGUUCAAGAGCGAUGUUCUGAAGAACCCAAUACUGAAUAUGGUUGCGGAAAGGCUUGGGAAGUCUCCAGCUCAAGUUGCACUGCGUUGGGGAAUCCAGUUGGGUAAUAGUGUACUUCCCAAAAGUACCAAUGAAGGAAGGAUCAGAGAGAACUUAGAUGUUUUCGACUGGUCUAUACCUGAUGACUUGUUUGCCAAGUUUUUUGAUAUUGAACAAGCUAGGCUAUUGAAUGCUUCCGUCUUUGCUCACGAGACACUGAGCCCUUAUAAGUCUGUCGAAGAAUUAUGGGACGGUGAGGUAUGAUAUUCAGCUGAUUUGUUUCUUCUGUGGGAGAUUUUGCCCUUUUGAACUUGUCUGUGUUCAUAAAUGUUCCUGAAAGACAUGUCUCUAUAUAAUUUACAAUCAUAUUUGUUUUACUUUGAAUUUUUAUUUGUAAAGAUAACACUGAUCUAAUUUUACAUUUGCAUAUUAGUCAGCUAAAUGGAAUAUGCGAUAUUUUUAUA